CAGGAACGUAUAAUAGUUGAAAAGAAAAAUCUGAGAAUCCGUCCACAGUGUGGUAGGUGGAUGGCAGCUCGCAAAGAAAAAGGAGCUUUGAAAAACUUUCAGAGUUUUACCUUGGAACUUAGGACUGAUCUCACAAAAUCGGAGGUAUGAAGUAGGAAUUAUUGAUUUCCCUCAUAUUUGUGUUUUUUUGACUGAUCUCAAACAGUCUCAAAAUUAGUAUUUCAUUUGAAAUUAUUGAGAAAUGUCAACAAGAAUGAUCUAUGUAUAGAGGGCAGUGUUGGUAAAACUAAGUAUAACAAUUUAAAAAUCUUUACAGCUCCUGUCUCUUGGUGUAUCAGGAAGCACUCUGAAGAUUAACAGUCUUAACUCUAAAGAAUUCCGUUUUGACCUCAGACGAUUCUACCCAGCUCUAGAUUGCAGUAUUUUGGUGGGGGAUGGAGCGCUGCUAGUCUGUGACAGAUAUGGCUGUGUUGGUACUCAUGAGUUUUUUAGGUAGCUCAUUUUUGUGUGUAUGUUACUGCUUACCAAUGGUAAACAAUCAGUUACACUAUGCUUGCUUGUUUGGUGGCCGAAAUUGUUUUAUCCAGCACUUGAAUUCUCUUAGUUAAUUCUCUCUAUUUGCAGCAAUAAAAUAUUCUGAUUCCUGAAUUUUCUUAACUUAUGUUUUUCUAGCUGUGUUUGCAACAAAAUUAUUGGCUGGCUGCUAAAUUUUUUUAAAGCUUUGUCUCGCCUUUUUACUUAAAUCUAACUUUCUUUCCAUGCAAUAAGUUUUACUUCUUGAAUAAUUCUUAAAAUGCUAUUUCAGAGCUUUCCUUACCCUGGACAGUGUGGACCCAUCCCUAGUUGAUGAGCUGUGGCUAGAGAACCACUACAGGUGGAUAGUCUGGAAGUUGGCUGCCUAUGAAGUUUGUUUCCCCCAUCAUUUUGCUGGCAGGUAACAGCCCAUGCAUGUAACAUAGUUGAAUAAUGCACACAUGAUUUUCUUAAUAGUUUUACUUAAGAGAAUAAAUACAACUGUACAAAUAUGAACAAGUAAUUUUUUUCAUCAAUGAUAUUUUCAUUCUGUGCCAGGAGUCUGACACCAGAAAAUGUUAUGUUGCAACUUAAGUACAGAUAUGAUAGAGAGAUAGAUGCUUGCCAAAGGUGAGUUAAUAUUUUAUGGUAAUGACGUGUGUUAUAUCACAAAUUAAUAGUUUUGAAGGAGUUUUAAACAUCUUAGAUUUUCUAUCUAAAAUUUUAAAUAAAAACACAACUUAAGUUCUCAUAUGAUAUUUCGAAGUGUAAUUUUAAUCCUUUAAGUUUAAGAGGCUCUGCAUAUCAGUUAAUCAUCUGUAAAUGUUCUUUGAACUAAAAUUUUUUAAAUGUUAUGAAGUCACCUGAGAAAAUCCAAAUUUGUUAUAUGAAAGGUACUGGGAAGGCUUAUUUAGUUUUACAUUUGUAGCUCAAUGCUUAGCUAAAGAUUUUGUUAUCAGUCAAUUCCAAUACACAGAUCACUGGUUGUGUUAUAGACAUAAAAAGUAAAAAUUACUGAUGUACUGUUCCAUGUUUUUCAGGUCUGCCAUAAAGAAAUGUUUAGAAGGAGAUGAUACAUUUUGUAAAAGACUGGUUUUAUGUGUCGCUACAGUUGUCAGGAAUGGUGAUGGACAGGUGAGCACAUAUUCCGAGCAAUAAGUAUGUUUUGAUAUUAAGAAUUAAGGAAACAGAAUCCAAUAUGUUGUGCUAAAAAUAUAUAAACAAACAUUUGAAAUAACAUAAUUGACACAAUAUUAUUAAAUUUAAUGUGAAAAAGGAUUAAGAAUUUCCUAAUUAAAAUGCAUAAAUAAGUAAGCAGUUUUAAGAAUUGAUUACCAAGUCAAAUAUUUUCUUAAAUCUUAAAUGUUCAGCUUAACUAGAAUCCUAAAAAAUCUGCAUAUGUUUCGGCUGAAAUUUUUCCAUGCUUUGUAAUCGUUCUUAAUUUUGACAGUUUACGGUUGAGCUGACAGAUGGCUGGUACCCAAUAAAGGCUCAGUUCGACCAAAGACUGACUGACUUGGUUGCAAGAAAGAAAAUAGUUCCAGGUUACAAGUUGAUG